UUCAGAUCAAACAUUCUGAUUUCUCAAAAAUGGCCGUCGGAAAGAAUAAGGGAUUAUCUAAAGGAGGCAAGAAGAAGGGAUCCAAGAAGCCAGUCGAUCCUUUCUUGAAAAAGGAAUGGUACGAUGUUGUGGCACCUGGCUUCGUGAAGACAAGAUCGUUCUGCAAAACCAUUGCCUCAAAGAGCCAAGGACUGAAAUUGUCCAGCGAGAACUUGAAGGGCCGUGUGUUCGAAACCAAUAUUGCUGAUAUUACUGACAGCGGAGAGCAGGGACACCGAAAAAUCAAGUUCAUCGUUGAAGAGGUUUCGGACCGAAACUGUCUCACAAACUUCCACAGUUUGUGCUUGACGAGAGACAAGCUUUGCUCCAUGGUGCGAAAGUGGCAGACUUUGAUCGAGGCUGUGACCAAGGCUAAGACCUCUGAUGGAUACGAGCUGCGAAUGUUUAUGAUUGGCUUCACCAAGAAAUCUCUUAAUCAGGUGAAGAAAACUUCCUACGCCUCUGCUCAGCACAUCAAGAAGAUCAGGCGAAAGAUGGUUGAUGCCAUGAACCGAGAGAUCCAAGGAAACACUUUGAAGGAUUUGCUGGCGAAGAAGAUUCUGCCUGACACUAUUCCCAAGGAAAUCAUCCACGAGUGUCAGUUCGUCUACCCUCUACAGGAUGUACACAUCCGAAAAAUAAAGGUUACUCGAAGACCUGCUUAUGAUCCCAGCAAACUGAUGGAACUGCACAGUCAGAUAAUGGAAAAGGACGUCGCUGGAGGAGCUACUGAAAAGAUGGAAGUAGAGGGUGCUGUGAAUCUGGGCGGAGCUGAGCCCCCAGUCUUACAAUCUGUUUAGACUGGACUUUCCUCUUGAAUGUCAUUUGAUUUGUCGUUGGAAUUUUAAUCCCAUAUGGUGCAUUUAAUUCAAUGACUCUGACAGCA